AUGUACAGGAUGGAUCCAAAUUCUUGUUAUAUACUGAAAAUUAGAUUGCUUGGCAACCCAAAAAAAGCUAGAAAAGAGCCCAUGUGCUUUUAUUUCGAGAAGGUUAUUGAUUCCGACUUGACAAAUUAUGAAGAUUUGGUUGAAUCAAUUAUAGUGCAGUACCAGCCACGUUAUUUGGAAGUUGCGCAUGUUCACUACUAUGAUGAAGUUCUGAAAACGUUUCCAGAAAUAAAAUCAGACCAAGAGUUGAUGUAUAUGUUUGAGAAACAUGUUAAGUCAAAGAUGGUGCAGAUGUUCAUUGUAUAUUGGGAACCCUCUGAACCAUAUGAGCCUAUCAUUGAGUAUUAUAGUGAUGUGCAUAUCCAACCUAAGAACAACAUAGACCAAGAUGAUGAUAGUUAUCUUCGCAACCCAAUACCGGAGAAUGAACAUGUUGGGAUUGAUGAAGAGAAUAUGUAUUUGAAGGAAGAACCUAAAGCUCUAAAUAUGGUUCUUUUUCCUGAUAAAGAAAAGGACCAAGACUAUGUUGCUAAUGGUGAGAGUGAGGAUGAGAGUGAGGAUGGGAGUGAGGAUGAGAGUAAGGAUGAGAGCGAGGACGAGACUGAAGUAGAGGAGGAUGAGGAGUUGCAUGAGGUAAAUCAUGCCCCAAAUAUAGAGUAUGAUAAGGAUGACCCUCCUAUGACUGAAGGUUUCAUAUAUCCCAAUAUGAAGGAGUUUAAGUUGGCCCUUUCUCAGCAUGCUAUCAAACAUGAAUUUGAGUAUAACAUAGAGAAGAGUGCACCAUGUAGGUUCAGGGGCUAUUGUAAAAGAAGAGAUGAAGAUAAUUGUCCAUGGAGGAUACAUGCUUCUACAACAGAUGAUUUGUGUAUCGUAGUGGUGAAAAAAAACCUUUUGGUCAUGAUUGCUCUAGUGCAAGAAGGAAAAAGAAGGUGA